AUGCCUUUGGGUUACGAGGAGCACGUCCGACUGGGUACGUUCUUGAUAAACUCGCGGUCGAAUCAAGAAGCACUAGUGGAACUUGAAUAUGGAAAGAUGCCUCUCAACCGCACUCGACGUGGCACCUCCUUUUCCGGUAAAGGGUCGUCCUACGGUGAUGAUGUGACUGGAACGCCUCUGGAAUCAGAAUGUCCUGGUUGCUGUAUCCCUGGCCCACCCGGCCCUCGUGGUCCUUCAGGAACUCCUGGAACGCCGGGAACACCAGGACAAGCUGGUAAACCAGGGAUGCCUGGAGUUACUCCCAAUCAAACAUGCCCGAUGAACAUCAUGCGUGAACCGCCACCAUGUCGACCGUGCCCGAAAGGGCCACCUGGAAUCAAGGGAUGGCCUGGCUUCCCAGGAGAUGUUGGACCACAAGGUCCACCUGGAGAGAAGGGAAUGGAUGGCGAAGACGGUGCACCCGGAGAGACGGGACCAAAAGGACCACCUGGUUACAAAGGAGGACCAGGAGCACCAGGAGACAAGGGACCAACACCGGAGGGAGAUCUUCGCGAAGGUCCACCCGGUGACGAAGGACCGCCAGGACCUAUUGGAGCCAGUGGAAUGCCAGGAUUACCCGGUCGUAAUGGACUGACAGGGCCACAAGGAGAACGAGGUUGGCCUGGAUCCCCAGGUGAAACU